UGUCGUUGAGAUCGUUUCAUUUCUCAUUAAAGAGAAAUAAAAUAAAAAAUAAUUUAGGAAACGACUUCGGAAUGUGGAUUUAAUAAGAAUUCGGUAUUUCUGUGCCAUUAUACAUUAUUAAAAAUAAAUAUAAAAAUAAUUAAAUUUGGCAAGACCGCAAAUACCCAAUACCUAUAGUGUUUGUUUGAUAAUUCUGUCUAGUAGGUUUAUCUUGUCAUAGACAUUCGUCGUAUAUACCCAUGAAUCUGUAGUGUGAUUGUGUUGUUUGUCAUAUUUUGUUUUGUGGUGUACUUCGCAUUAUAUUUUUCUUAAUAUUUAACUAAAGUAGGAGGCCAGCAACAGUAAAAUAGUCUUGCCUGUGAUAAAACAGUUUGCUUGUGUUCAAAAUGCCGUCGAAACAGCGGAAAAUAGCAGUGAUGGGGUACAGAUCAGUAGGCAAAUCAUCUCUCAGCAUUCAGUUCGUAGAAGGCCAGUUCGUAGACUCUUAUGACCCUACAAUAGAGAAUACUUUCACGAAAUCUACCCGAAUUAACUCCCAAGACUAUGAACUUAAAUUGGUCGAUACGGCAGGUCAAGAUGAAUAUUCGAUUUUCCCUUCGCAGUAUAGCAUCGAUGUUCAUGGAUACGUAUUAGUGUACAGCAUAACUAGUACAAAAUCUUUUGAUGUAGUUAAGUCAAUACAUGAGAAACUUUUAGAUAUAACUGGGAAAGGACACGUACCUGUAGUUCUAGUGGGGAAUAAAACGGAUUUGCACAUGGAAAGAAUGAUUUCUUCAGAAGAAGGAAAAAGACUGGCAGAUGAGUGGAAAGCAAUAUUUUUGGAAACAUCUGCUAAACAGAAUGCAUGUUUUUCUUUGAUACAGGUCGUGUGUCAUAAUAAAGGAUAUACAGGAUACUCUGGAAAGUCUGUCUCGGAUAUUUUUCACAUUCUGCUUACAGAAAUUGAAAAAGCCGAUGGAAAUAUGAGCGAAAAAUCUAAUUGCUCCGUUUGUUAAUGAUCAGCUCUCUGAAAACUAGUCUAAUAAAUUCCUAAUUUGUUAAAUGUGACAGAAAAAUUGAAAAUUAAAAUAUCUGUCUGUAGAUA